CCUGCCGUCUGACUCGAUCUCCUCCCCUCCACUCCGGCUGCCAUUGCCCUUUCCCGUCCCUUUGUAGCUUCGACGCUACCUCUGCCUCAUGAACGACCUGGACGCUCUCCUGCAGGAGCUGGAUGUCACCAAAGGCUCCACCCCUCCCCCUCCUCCCCUCUCGAGCAAGCCUCCCAGCUACAGAAAGCCUCCGCCUCCGGGCCAGGGCAAGUUUCGGCCGCCCCCGAAUGCCGUCCGCCCUGCCGGCUAUUCAUCGCCAAAGCCCCCCAGCGGCUCUCUCCCUCCACAGCCGGGUCCUCCGUCAGGUCCUCCGUCGGGGCCGCCAAAUGACCGGCGGGCCCCUGAUUUCCAUAUCCCUCAAACUCCGUCGCGGCCUCCGUUCAACGACAAGACUCCCUCUGCUGGAUAUGCCGCUCCAGUGCAACCCCAAGCAGGCCCUGCGGGCUUCCAGCCCCACCAGAUGCCCUUUGGCCAGGCCGCAAACGACGAUCCCCCUCCAAAGCGCACCCUCUCGAUCGCCCCAAACAGUGUGCCCCUGGACCAGACCGAGCAGGACUAUCCUCCUCCGCCUGUUCCCCCGUCUCUGAACAAGGGCCCCAGGUCGACCGAGACCAAGGGCUCCAGCAAGCAAGCCGAGUUUGAAAAGAUUGUCGAGAGCAAGAAAAAGCUGUACGGCCAAGCGGGCAAGCCCGAGCCAACUGGCGCCUCUUCCGUCCCUCUGCCGGGUUCGGAUGCCGGCUCCAGAGUCUAUCAGAACCCGAACGUGUCGCAAAGCAGCCUCUCCCAGUCAUCCAUCUCCUCCAAGCCCAUAGGCUCGGCCCAGCCAAGCGCGAACCAACCUCCUCUCCAACGCGCCAACAGCCUCUCGGGCCAUCCACCCCUCGACCGAGUCAACAGCAACACCUCGCAGUCCUCGAUGCAGAGUUCAGCCAAGCCCAUUGGUGUCUAUUCCGCAGCAAACCCCCCCGUUGAUCCAUAUGCCAACAAGCCGCAGGGGUACGGAUACAACGGUGCUUCUCAGUACGGAGCGCCUCUCGGUUCAACCCUGCCAGGACAGCAACAACCCCAGCAGCAGUACCAGCAAUCCCAGCUGCCUCAACAGCCCUUCCAGCAACAGCAGCAACAGCCCUUCCAGCAACAGCAGCAGUACCAAGCGUACCCGUCCACCUCGCAACCCUACCAGCAGCCGCAGCAGACUUACUCGGCUCCCUACUCGUCUGCACCUCAGUUCGAGCAGCCUCAGCAGUUCCAGCAGCCCUAUCUUCAGCAGGAGGAGCUGUCCUACGCUGGUUCUCAGCAGUUUGCCACUCCUUAUCAACAGAGUGCCCAGAGUGCCCAAAAUGCUCAGCAGCAGCAAUAUUAUCAGCAGCAGCAACCCCCGUAUGAACAGCAGCCCUACCAGCAACCUCAGCAGCAGUCCUACCAGCAGCCUCAGCAGGGACAAUCUGCGAGCCAGCAAAACUAUGGCUUUUUGCAAGAGCAGUUCUCGCUGCCUGUCCCGCAAGUGUCGCCACCGGCCGAGUACGGUGCCCCCACAGGAUCGGCUCCGAAUGGAUACUCGGCAGCCCCUCCAUCGGAUUCGGCUCCAGCCCCUCCGGGUGGUGGCUUUUUGAGCCAACUCGCCCAGAACUACACCCUGAAGAAUGAAGAUGAAAACGAUGAGGACGCGUUCGACCAGGGUGCCGUCUCGGGCCAGCAGUUUGGCAACCAGCAGCCCCAGUUUCAGCAACAGCAGCCCCAGUAUCAGCAAAACGGAGGCUUCACCCCUUCCGUCCGCGAAUUGACCCCGACGCAGGCACCCGCCAAGCCCAACAACGCUGGACGCAAGAGCAUCGCCAACUUUUUCGGACUCAAGAAAAAGUCCUCCAAGUCGCAGCUGAGUGCAAACGAGCCGGCGUCCACCAUUUUGCCGGCCCAGUCCUCGAUUCCCAAUGCCCGUGUGUCGCAGUACCCCGGCAGUGCCCCAAUGACGCCUGGCGGCCUGCCGCCCAACAUCAAGCCCCGAGGCACUUCUGUUGCUGGCGUCGCUCGCAUCAAGCAACAGCGUGAAGCCUACGACAGUAUGGUGGCCCAGAGCCGACAGGGCAACGAGAGCUUUGUCAACCCCGAGCGGCCUGGCAGAGAUCCGCUUCUGCCGCCUCCUCCUGCGCCCCCAGGGCUCUCUGCUGCUGCCCAGCGGGCCUCGGGCUACUCGCCCUCGCUCAGCACUUUUGGUGCCCCCAUGGAGUCGGCCGCGACCGAUCAGCUCGUCCGGGAAAAGCAAGAGGCCCUGAUUCGUGAAAAGGAACGCAAGCUCAAGGAGCAGGCUGCCACCGAGCGCAUGCAACGCGAGCAACUGCUCUCGUCUCCGAGCGUGCAGUUGGGCCAGCCCUCGUCGGCACCAAGCGAGCCCGUCGAUCCCAAGAUCCGGGAGCAUCAGGAGUGGGAGCGACAAGAGCUCGAGCGGCAGCGCCAGGAGCGGGAGCAACGCGAGCUGACUGGGGCCGUGCGCUCGGGCUCUCAGUCGAGCUACCAGCAGCCGAACUACCAGCAGUCGAGCUACCAGCCGUCUUCGUUCUCGAGCCAGUCGCUCCAGCUGCCGGACGUCCCCACCGUCUCGUUCAACAUUGGCGAAUUCGGCCUGCCCAGCGAGUCUCCCAUUCCAAUGGAGCCUGCACCGAUCUGUAUCGCCUGCCAUCAGCCCAUCAACGACGACAUGGUCAAGAUUGACGAUCGCGCGUGGCACCCGGAGCACUUCCAGUGUGACACCUGCCGCAAGUGCCUUGCCGGCCUGGGAUAUGCUGAGGACGAGGUCCAUGGCUUUGUGUGCGAAGACUGCUUCAACAACCUUCCCCAGGAGCAAGACGCCGUCGUUCACGAAGAUCAGGUCGCUACCGACAACGCCGACAUGCCCGUCUGCGACUUCUGCCACAGCAUCAUCGACGACCAAUGCGUUACUGCUUUGGGCAAGACGUGGCAUCCCGAGCAUUUCCUGUGCGCUCACUGCAAGCAGCCGUUUGAGCCCGGAGCCGGAUUCCUCGAGCACGAGGGCUACGCCUACUGCGAGAAGGAUUACCACAAUCUCUUCUCGAUGAAAUGUGGUCGCUGCCAGUCCGUCAUCGACGGCGACUAUGUGACAGCGUUUGACCGCGACUGGCACACCGAGUGCUUUGGCUGUGCGGUUUGCGGCAUCAACUUCCCUGACGGCGUGUUCUUUGAGUAUGAAGGCCAGCCCUACUGUGAGGAGCACUAUCCGCACCCCGGUCAGGGUACACUGCGGUCCCUGAACGCUGCUGCGGACGAGCCCCGGUGCGGUGCCUGCCAAGGUGUCCUCAACGGCGACUGCAUCGAGAGCUCGGGCAUCCAGUACCACAUCGAGUGCUUUGGAUGCUCGAAUUGCGGCAAGCGUGUCGGCGACGACCCCAACGGCGACGACGUCUUCCGCGAGGUGGACGACCGGAUCUACUGCGAGGAGUGCUGCGAGCAGAUUUACGGCAGCAUCCAGGCCGAGUCGUUCUUGUAACCCCAAGGGCCGUGGCCCGCCCGGCCCUGUUUGCCUUCCUUCUGUGUCGAGCACAUUCGUGUCUACUGUCGCUGCCUCGCUACUCUUCAUGUGCUUCCUUUCCAAACUCCAUGCUUUGGUUUCUGAAACUGCUCUGUG